UGCACGGCAAAGCUGCCCGCCGAGAGACUCGGCCUCCCAAGCUGCACCGCGCUCGGCGCUGAAGGCUCUUGUGGAGGAUUGUUAUUGUGGCGGCCCGGCCCCCCUAGGCUCCUCUCAGUGUUUAAAGAUGGCGGCGGCGGCUGCUGCUGCGACGGGAGGCGGUGGCAGCGGCUCCUCCUCCUGGACCUCGGUGCCGAGGGGCCGCUUCCCCGGUCGGCCUGGCGGGUGCCGCGCACGGGGCGCAGGGGCCGGGAGUCGCGCGCGGGUGUCGCUGCUGGCGCCGCGGCUGCUGCUGUGGCCUGCUUCGGGGGACGGAGAGCGGGCCGCGUCGGCGGCAGCAGCAGCGGCGGCGGCGGCGGCGGGGGACACCACCCUGGGGAGCCUCCUGGGCCUCAGCCGGAGCUGGCGCCGCCUGCAGGGCCUGCUGGGUGACAGCAGCAGCAGCAGCGAAGAGGAGCCGGAGGAGUUCCUGGGCUUCCAUUCAGAGGAUGAUGCCUCUCGGAGCUCACUGCGUGCUGCUCUGCGGUCUAAAAGAGGUGCAACUCUGCCUGUGCGUGGCAGGAAGAAGAGAGGGCUUGCUGAGGACACCCCUUCCAAGAGGUUGGCCAAGCAGAAAGUUGCAGAAUCCCAGCGGGAACGGAUGGUGAAGGUCUUGGCUGAGCUGCUUCAGAGGACCAAGGGGUCUCCAGCAAGGACAGGUCGGCUGUCAGAGUCUGGUCCCAAAGCUGGCAGGAUGCUUCCUGAGCAGACUAAAUCAGGCCCAGAGCCUGGCGAUUCCAUAAAAUCCACAGUCUCCCCUGCCCUCCCAUCACAGACGGAAAAGAACCUCAACUCUGUUGUGUCGCCCAGGCCACGAGGCCGGCCACGGGGCUCUUUCACAAAGAGACCUGUUAUGAAACCCAAACCUUCUUGUCAAAGCACCAAAGCUCCAAAUUCCAUCCCAGAACCCAACAGCAGCACUCAGUCGCCCUCACCAUGCCAAGUGGCUAGCCUAUCCCCUCAGCCCCUGGAGCCUUUGCAGAAGCCACCACUCAUCCUGAAGUUCUUCUCGAAGGCCAAGCGGCACAAAUCUGGCCAGUUGGUGGUGACUCACGUCCGACUAAAAACUGGACACAGGAGGGGCCGCAAGAGGAAGUGGAGUGUUGUGCCGAAGAAGAAAAUCUCACCCCUUCCUUCCCAAUCCGUAUCUGAAUCGGAGGCCCCUUUGUCGGAGUCAGACGUGUCUGCCCCAGAACCAGAACAAAAAGAGGAGACUUCUGCUCCAGAAUCUCAAUCGGAGGUUCUUGUCCGUGAUCCAGAGCCACAGCCAGAACUUUCUGUCCAAAAGCCAGAACCGCAACUGGAGGUGAUUGCCCAAGAACCAGAGGAACCACCAGAGGCUCCAGCCCUGAAGCUGGAGGCUUCAAAGCCAGAACCAGAGACUCCAACACCAGCAAGUGGCAUUCCUGCUUCACCCAAUGGGAUAUCCUGGAAACAAGGGCACCAGCAGCCCUGCCCACAGAGUGAUGUGACAGGAGUCCUUUCUGUGGAAAGGCCUUCCAGCAUUGCCCAUUCCACACGGGCACAGUGUUUGAAACGGGGUCGUGGCCGUCCACCCCUUACCCCUACCCAGCGGGCCCAGCGUAUAGCUACUCAGCAGCUGCCAGCCAAGGCCAGGGAGGAGGCUUUAGCAGCUGCACAGCAGCCUGGUGGCCCUGAAGAGGUCCCAGCUCACAAGGCCACUUUCUUGAAAAAUAUUCGCCAGUUCAUCAUGCCUGUGGUGAGCGCCCGUUCGUCGCGCCUCAUUCGGACCCCCCGCCGCUUUAUGGAUGAGAUUCCACAGAAGACAACCAAGCCUGUGGAAAGCCUUGCAGCUGAAGGACCUUGCCCAGACAAGCAGGAGAACCCACCGUUGUCGCUGUUGGGGGCUCCCCUCCAGCUGACUCCCCCAGCCCCUAGCUCUCCUGAUAAAGAUACAUCUAAGGCCCUAUCACCUCCACCAUCCCCUAGUGUGCCCCACAUUACUUCUUCUGCUCCUGCCCUGCCUGAGAAGCGCCGUUCCAUCCUUCGGGAGCCCACAUUCCGAUGGACCUCACUGAGCCCCACAUCGUCCCCCAAGGAUAUGGUCAAGGCCCUCUUUCAUCUUCCUUGUGAAGAUUCAUCUCCUUUGCCCACUACUCCAGCCCCAACCCCUUCUCCCCCAGCCAAGCGAACCCCCCUGCUACGGGCACCCCAGUUCACGCCUAGUGAGGCACACCUCAAAAUCUAUGAGUCUCUGACGGUGUCUCCUGAGGAAUCUGAACUAGUGCCUGCUUCCCCUGAGGUCAGGAGGGACCUCCCAGCACCGCAGCAAGAGGGUCCCAUGCUCCCUUAUGAGCCAGUGGUGACCCGCAGUGGCAAGAGGCUGUUGGGAAGGACGAAUCACCUUGCCCUGCCCCUCUUCCCAGAGGUUUCUAGGCCACUUGGGGCUCAGGGCAAAGAGCUGAUCACCAUGGAGGAUGUCAAUUCUCCUGGUGUAGUACACAAGGUGGCCAUCCGAAGGGUUUUGCCUCCAUUACUCCAAGUGGAAGUGGUGGCAGCAGCUCAGAGUUCAGAGAGUGAGGCAGAACCAGCUAGCCUGUGCUCAGAAGAACUGAAGCCUCCCCCACAGGAGCCAAAGCCCAUUAUAACCCAGCUGUCAAGCAUGGAUAAAGUAUACAGCCUGCUCACUCGUGCCAAGGUGCAGCUGUACAAGAUUGACCAACAGAAGCACUUCAAAUUGAUUCCGGGGUGUCAGAGCAUCAAGACUGAGCUCUUUGAGGCUCCAAAGGUCCCUGCUGAGCAGGAGGCGACUGCUGAACUCAAUGUGACAGGAGAGAACAGGAAAGAGGACAGGACGCAGGGCCAGGAGUCCCCAGUGCAAGGCCCUCGGAUCAAGCACGUGUGCCGGCACGCUUCAGUGGCCCUGGGGCAAUCUCGUGCCAUGGUGCCGGAGGAUGUGCCGCGCCUCAGUGCCCUGCCGCUGCGGGAAAGGGAGGAGAUAGCUGCGUCGCCCACAGUAGAGGAGACCUCCUCAGCCUCAGAGAGUGAAAGUGGCCACCAGAAGCAAAUGAAGGUAGAUACCACCAUCAAGGCUGCGCCACCCCCUGUGCGUCGCCAUGUCUCCCACCACCACAGAAAGAAGAACCGGAUGACACGCUGUGGGAAGUGCAAGGGCUGCCUGAAAUUGCAAGACUGCGGGGAGUGCAUCAACUGUCUAGACAAGCCGAAGUUUGGUGGGCCAAACACCAAGAAGCAGUGCUGUGUGUAUCGGAAGUGCGACAAGAUUGAAGCGCGGCGGGUGGAGCGGCUGUCUAAGAAAGGCCGUACAGUAGUGAAACCCAUCGUUCCCUGGGAUUCAGAGGAUUCUCAAGAGGAGUUCCCAGCCCCCUGGGAGGUCAUGCUGGGAGCCACGGAGACGGCUGAGCAAGACUCCCUGCUCCAGCGCAAGUCAGCCCGGCGCUGCGUCAAGCAGAGGCCCUCCUAUGACAUCUUUGAAUCCUCCGACUCGGACGCGGAGCCAGUAUCUGGCUCAGCAACGCAUCGCCGGAAAUCCUCCCGGGACUCGGAUCUGCUUCCCAUGGACUCGGAGGAGCAGAGUCGACCCCGCAGAACCCCCCUCCAGCCUGUAGUGCAGCUGAAGGCCAGAAAGAGACCAGAGAAGGAUGUCCCAUCGUCUGGCAUACUCCCAUCCUUUUCCAAUGGCUGGAAUGGGAAACAAAAAUCCACAGACGGCAUCCACCGGCUCAGAGUUGAUUUCAAGGAAGACUGUGACUUGGAGAACGUUUGGCUGAUGGGCGGCCUCAGCAUCCUCACCUCGGUGCCGGUCUCCACACAGAUGGUGUGCCUACUCUGUGCUAGCAAAGGAUUCCAUCAGCUUGUGUUCUGUCAGGUGUGUUGCGAUCCCUUCCACAUCUUCUGCCUAGAGGAGGAUGAACAGCCACUGCCCGAGCAGGAGGAAAGCUGGUGUUGCCGUCGCUGCAAAUUCUGUCACGUCUGUGGUCGAAAAAACAAGGCAUCCAAGCAACUGUUGGAAUGUGAGCGCUGCAGGAACUGCUAUCAUCUGGCUUGCCUUGGACCCAACUACCCCACUAAACCCUUCCGUAAGAGGAAGGGCUGGAUCUGUUCAGCCUGCAUCCGCUGUAAGAGUUGUGGGACCGCUCCAGGGAAGAACUGGGACACUGAGUGGUCUAGUGACUACAGUUUGUGCUCUGCUUGCUCCGUGCUGUAUAAUAAAGGUAACUACUGCCCAAUCUGCUUGCACUGCUAUGAAGACAAUGACUAUGAGAGCAAGAUGAUGCAGUGCGCCAAGUGUGACCACUGGGUUCAUGCCAAGUGUGAGGGGCUUUCAGAUGAGGGCUAUGAGAUCUUGUCCAACUUACCCGAGAGUGUCAUCUAUGCUUGCCGGCCCUGCUGUGGCAGUGACAAGGCCAAGUGGCGAGAGGUCCUCAGCUCAGAACUGCGCAAGGGUCUCCGGCAGGUGCUUCAGGGGCUGCUGAGCUCCAAAUGUGCCACUCCCCUGCUGCAGUGUGCCCAGUGCUGCCCAGAUGACGGCGUGAAGGUUCACCUGCGGCCCUGUGACCUGCGCACUGUCAACAAGCUCUUUGAACAGGGUCACUACUCGUCCGUGCACAGCUUCAAUGAGGACAUGGUGGGGGUCCUGUUGGGGCACAUGGAAGAGGACCAGAGCGGCCUUACUGCAAAGGCGGUCUACAUCGAGCUGAUGGAAAAGUUCUUCAGCUGGUUUGAUGCUCAGGAUGCAAAGCACUGGACCCAUAACAGAACCCUCCCCAAUGGCAUGCUUCCUAAUGCUGUUCUGCCUCCCUCCUCUGACCACAUCUAUGCUCAGUGGAGGCAGCCUGAGGAGGUCAUCCCAACUGCCAACAGCCAUCUCACUUCCACUGGGCCUGAAAAGACAGCUGGGAAAGACACAGAGCAUGCUUUGCCACAGCAGCUAUUGGCUGACCCUGAGGACAAGAGACAGUGUGCCCUGUGCCUCCAGUACGGUGACGCUCCCUCUAAGGACGCAGGGAGGCUGCUGUACAUCGGCCAAAAUGAGUGGACUCAUGUCAACUGUGCCAUCUGGUCAGCCGAGGUCUUUGAGGAGAACGAUGGCUCCCUGAAGAAUGUGCAUGCUGCUGUGGCCCGGGGUCGGCAAAUGCGCUGUGAGCACUGUCAGCGCACAGGGGCCACCGUCGGCUGCUGCCUGUCUGCGUGUCUCAGCAACUACCAUUUCAUGUGCGCUCGCCUCCGCCACUGCACCUUCCAGGAUGACAAGAAAGUCUUCUGCCAGAAGCACGUUGACCUCCUGGAUGGGACGGAGAUAGUUGCUGAAGAUGGGUUCGAUGUCCUGCGCCGUGUCUACGUUGACUUUGAGGGCAUCAGUUUUAAGAGGAAAUUCAUGGUGGGCCUGGAGCCAGACACCAUCAACAUGAUGAUAGGCUCUAUGAAGAUUGACAGUUUGGGGAUGCUGACGGAUUUGUCAGAGUGUGAGGGACGCCUCUUUCCUGUAGGCUACCAGUGUUCCCGGAUUUAUUGGAGCACAGUGGAUGCCCGCAAGCGAUGCUGGUAUACGUGCCGUGUCCUGGAGUAUCGGCCGAAGCUGAGCCAAGAAGAGCCAGAUGCCUCGGGAGUGCAGGAAGAGAACCACACGAUUGUCCAUGGCCCUGCUGGCCCUACGGAUCCUAAUCUUGGAGAUGAGCACCUUCAGGAUGUGCCCCCUCCCAUGCCACCACUGGAGCGUCACUCUCCUGCGCAGAACCCAGGGCCUUUGCCACCCCCAGAGCCUGCUGCCUCCAAACCCAAAUCUCUCUCCGGGGCUCGCAUCAAAGUGCCCAACUACUCCCCCACUCGGCGGCCCAUAAGUGGGGUGUCAUCCCGCCCACUGCCUUCUCCUGGAAGCACAUCAUCCAUGUCCCACCACAUCCUGACUGUGGGCGACCCAGACUUCCUCCCUCCACGCCGUCCUCAGCGCCUCAGCCCUCUGUCUCCAAGCAGUGUCCCCCGCACCCGCCGGUCCCCCCUGCCUCUGCAAGCCACUGCUAAUAGGACUAGUCCCUCCAGCACCUCUCUCAGGGCAAUGCCGCCUCUCCCAGACAACCCCCUGGCCGGGAGUGGCUUCAGGCAUACUUCUACCUCAGCCGGGUCUGAGGGGCAGAGGCCCCUCCCUACCUCACCCCCUCCCUCACCCCCGCCUGUGCCGCCAGAGCUGGCAUUUGAGCUCAACGUCUCCGACUUAGAAUUUGACGACAGCCUCCUGGACGAACCUUUCCAAGAAGAGGAGCUGGGAGUUCCACGGACGUGCCCUUCACCCAGCCUGGAUCUGCCCCAGCUGGAUGGUCUGGGUGAUGGUGAGAGCGAGGAGGAAGGGGAGGCCAGCCGCUACUUCCGCUUCCCACGCACGGUGGUGACGCGAGAGCCGCCCCUACCUCCCUACCCGCUGGACCUUCCCCUGCCCCACAUCCACCAGCUCGAUGGCAUAGACGACGGCACCGACAGUGAGGCGGAUGGGGCGGGGGGGCAUCCGCCAGCCAAGGGCAAGCAGGCAGAAUCAAGGGUAGAGCGAGAGCUGGCUGGCCCCGCUCCUGCUCCUGAGGACUUGCCUUCCGACAUUGUGGACUUUGUGCUGAAGAACAUGGACGCACCCGAGAGCAAGGGCCCAUUGUCUUCCUGCCUCAACCAGACAAUAUCGCCGCCGCCACCAACACCACCAGCAGCACCCCCUACCUCUGCUAGCCUCAAUGGCACCGAGUCAGCCCGACCCAACCCUGCUCCGGAUCUGACCCCAACCCUCACCUUCGGCUGCGCCCAAGUGCCAGGCACCCCUGAAGUUAAGAUACUGGGACCAGAGGAGCAACUACCUGGUUCCAGAAUCAUUCUUGUGAACAAGCUGGGGCAGGUGUGUGUGAAAGUCCAGGGUGAGGAAGGCAUGUUGAACAUUCAAGGUGGGGAGCAGGCCUCCAGCUGUAAGGGUGUACCAAACCCAGCACCACCACCCCCUGCAUCCAUGCCCAGCCUUGGCACAGUCAUUUUACGGGCACCUCUGGGCCUACCUCCUAGCCCUUUGCCCACGUGGACCAUCCGCGGUCCGGUGCUCAGCAUGGUGCCCAUGAUGAAUGUUGUGGGCACCGCAUCUCGGGCUAUUGGUGGCAGUCAGUUGGCAUUGGGUGCUCCAGCUCUGGUGACACCCUCGUUGGGACUCCAGCAGACGUGUCUCCUUCAGCCCAUGGCUGUGAAUUCUGGAGUGCUAAGCAUUCCUGGCUUGGUGUCCUUGCCUGGCCCCCGCCCGGCCAUCCGUGUCAAGAGAGUCUCCACCUUUGUCGGAAGCAUGCCUCUCAAGAAGGUGAAAUUGGAUGGGGUCAGUGAAGAGGAAACGCUGCCUUUAUCGCAGACAGAUCACUUGGCUAAUAACUGCAUUUCUGGCAGUACAGCAGGCUCAGGCAUCGGGAGGGUACGGAUGAAGACUCCCACAACGAAGGGUGUCCUAGACCUGGAUGCACUCAAAGAGGAGGCAGGCCCUGGUGGCGAGAAUGAGCUGUCUCCGAUGGAUCACUCCCCCUCUUUGGCAGCAUUACACUCCCAUCCUGGAACACCGGAGCUGAACCAACAGCCUGUGCUGGAACCAGUCUGGCACAGAUAUGCAGGGGAUCUUUCCAGCUCAGACGAGGACAAUCUGAACCAGGAGGACAAAGAGAAUGAGAUGCCCCGCAAAACGCAGCCCCACCUGUGCUUUGAGAUCACCAGCGAGGAUGGCUUCAAUGUGCAGGCCGACAGCAUAGAUGGUGCCUGGAAAGCAGUGAUUGAGAAGAUCCAGGAGGCCCGCACCAACGCUCGGCUCAAGCAUCUGUCCUUUGCAGGGAUGAAUGGGGUGCGGCUGCUGGGGAUGCACCACGAUGCCAUCAUCUUUCUGGUGGAACAGCUGUAUGGUGCCAAGGCCUGCCACAAAUACAAGUUCCGGUACCACCAACAUGAGGGUGAGGAGGAGGAGCUUCCUCUCAACCCUCAUGGCUGUGCCCGAGCUGAAGUCUAUGUCAGGAAAUGCACCUUUGACAUGUUCAACUUCCUGGCAUCCCAGCAUCGUGUGCUUCCUGAGGGAGGCCCCUAUGAUGAAGAAGAGGAUGAAGUGCAGCUCAAAUCCACCAGGCGAGCCACCAGCCUAGAGCUACCCAUGGCCAUGAGGUUUCGGCACCUAAAGAAAACCUCCAAGGAAGCUGUGGGCGUGUACAGGUCAGCCAUCCAUGGCCGGGGUCUGUUCUGCAAGCGCAACAUUGAUGCAGGCGAGAUGGUGAUUGAAUACUCUGGUAUUGUCAUCCGUUCGGUGCUCACAGACAAGCGUGAAAAGUACUAUGACAGCAAGGGCAUAGGCUGCUACAUGUUCCGCAUUGAUGACUUUGAUGUGGUGGAUGCCACAAUGCAUGGCAAUGCCGCCCGCUUCAUCAACCACUCCUGUGAGCCCAACUGCUACUCGCGGGUCAUCCACGUCGAGGGCCAGAAACACAUUGUCAUCUUCGCCCUGCGGCGCAUCUUCCGAGGCGAGGAGCUCACCUAUGACUACAAAUUCCCCAUUGAGGAUGCUGGCAGCAAGCUACCUUGUAACUGUGGGGCUAAGCGCUGCCGUCGUUUCCUCAACUAAAAGACUCGACCCUGACCUAGAUUUCUAAGCUCCAUACCUUCAUCCCAGCCCCUCUCUGGCAUCAGUGAGGGGGGCACACCAAGGGGUGUAGUGGGCGCUUAACCUCACCAAUCCUUCCAAGUGGGCUGCUGCAGGACUGACUUAUCCCUUCGGUUCCUUGAGGUGUGGAGAUGACUUGUCCCCAAGGAGCAUGAGUGUGGGAAGAGAGGAAGCUCUUGGUAGCGGCCCUGGUGUUUUUUGAGUCUGUGGCUUGAAAUUAGGACAAGCAGAGAGAUGGGGCAAGAGUGGGAAAGGUAUCUCCCUUGUCCCUUAUUUGUGCCCAUCUGCUUCAUAAUCCUGAUUCCCCACCCCCUCUCCCCCCUCCAUUGUGGGGUGAGAACAGCUUUUUCUUUAAUUUUGUACUUUUAAAUUUUGUGAUUUCCCCCCCCUGCUCUGCUUAGGCUUUCUGUUUUAAAGAAGAAGAAGAAAAAACCAUCAAACCCAGGAGGAUGUAAAUAUUUGUACAAAUUUCUAAACCUGUUUAUUUUCUAUGCACUUUUUUAUUUAAGAUGCUCAGUCAACUCAGACGGUAAAGGGUUGGAUUAUUGUUGGUAUAAUUUUAAAUAAAACGCAAUUUUGACACGA